UCAAUGCAACUACCCACGUCAGCCCCUUAAAAAGCUCCCUUCUUCCUCUCCCGUGAAAAAACCAGGCCCCUCCUCCCUAUCCCCCCUCUUCCCAACCCCAACAGUUUUCUUCUCACUAAAUCUACAAAGGUCCAUACCCAAAUUUUCACCAUACAUAUCCGCCUUCCAUAACUCCCCAGAUUUCCACUCUUCUAACUCAAACGGCGACAACUUCCCAAUUUUCUUUCACUUUCUAUCUUCUUCCCUUUUCCUCCGUCAAUUGAUUUCCCUUUUCCGCCACAGAGAUGGUAUGCCCUUCCUAUCGUCCCCCUUAAUAGUUCCUCUUCGUUUCUCAUGACCACCGUAUGGAAGACCCCAGAUUCCUCCGAAGGCAAUCGUCUUUCGAAUGCCACCAACAUCAUAAUAUUCCCCUUUCGACUUCUUUGUGAUUCUGCAGAAUGGCAAAGUUCAUAUUGCUUUGUAUGUCUAGCUUUGGUCUCUAUGAUCAGAACCGAUGCCCUGUAUGCCCCAAUUACAUAUGUGACCAGUCACCAGUGGCGUACCGAAAGAUCUGUGUACUUGGAUUACAAAGCCCCUCAAACCAGAGUCUUAAAGUGAUGUUGAAGGCACACCAUCCCCCACUCGAUGCUUACAAGAACGAACCAGGAUACUAAUGCCCGCUUCGAACAACAACGAGAAAUUUUUGGCCGUCACAUCAUUGCAAAUUCAAGUAGCAACAAACAAAUGAAAAGCUCCCAAGUACUCGGCACAUUCAGUUAUGCACAUAGUCAUCACACAACAACGAUACUUUAAUUAUAUUACGAAACUGUAGGUUUUUCAUCAUACUCAUGUUUGUGAAGUACAACGUUGGUCCCAAAUGACUAUGUUAUGAUGUGUUAACCAUUGUAAAUUUAAAUAAUCUACAUCCAAACUAUUGUCUGUCAAGA